AUGGCGCACUUCCAAUCCUAUCCCUCAACUCAGCCAUACGCACCCCCCUCCGAGCCGCUCGCAUUCUUCGGCUCCACCGCCGGACAGACCAGCGGCGUCCCUUCCUCCUCCUCCUCGCCUUAUUAUGCAGGAUCGCGCUCAUCCCUCGAGGGCAAUAUGGGCGGUGCGGCGUACCCUGGCGGCAGUAUGAGCGGGGCACGGGGAGGUGGAGUCGGCGGCGUGGGCGGGUUCAUGGUACAGGAGGGGAGGUGGUGGCAGGCUUUUGGGACCGGGGGGUUUGAUGGCGAACCGGGGCUGAUAGAAGAACUCGGGAUCAACCCCUCACAUAUCCUGCAAAAGAGCUUGACAGUCCUGAACCCCUUGUCUAGGGUAGACGAGCGAAUCAUGGACGACGCGGACCUAGCUGGACCCUUCGUCUUUUGCUUUGCGUUUGCUUUCGUUCUCCUCCUCUCCGGCAAACCCCAAUUCUCCUACAUCUACGGCGUCGGCCUCCUCGGCACCACGGCCAUCUACCUCCUCCUCAACCUCAUGUCCCCAUCCGGGAUAGACGCCUACCGUACCGCCUCUGUCCUGGGCUACUGCCUCCUCCCCAUGGUCGGACUCGGCAGCGUUGGGAUUGCGGUCGGGACGGACCACGUCGUGGGGUACGUCCUGGCCGCACUGUCUAUAGUCUGGUGCACCCACUCGGCGUCCGGCAUAUUCACGGCGGUGUUGAGGAUGGACAGGCAGAGACUGUUGGUCGCGUACCCGGUGGGCCUGUUUUAUGCUUGCUUUUCGCUUUUGAGUAUAUUCAAGGCGAGUGGGAGUGUGUAG